AUGAAUGAUGAGCAUUCUAAUCCAAGUUCAGCAGAUACCGUAAUCCUGGAGCGCCAUCCAUCUCCAGAAUGUGGAAUCCUCGAAGAGUUCUCACAGACUGGACCAAAUGAAGCCAGACCAUGGGAACCAUGUAGUGCUUGCAGGCAGGAAGUGCAGGCAAUGAUGGCGGAAAGAUGGAGGAUGAAAGAGAUGCUGUCUAGUAUCAAUAUUGAACAGCUGCAAGCAGUCAGGGACUUCUUAGAGCGAGUUGAGGAGCAUAAAGGACUUGACAGUGGACUUCCAGUCUCAAAGCCUAGGCCUGGCCAACAUGAGUUAUAUCCAGACAGUGGACUCUUCCUUUCCUCUACCAGACUCACAGCAAUUCACCAGGAGGCAAAAAGGGACUGCUUUCGUCUGUUCCAUCUUCUGUUUGAGGAGUUCUUCACUCCUGAAGAGUGCAUCAAUUCUGUUCCAUUUGGAAAACAUGGGAAAGUCCCAGAGGGGAAGAAGAGAUUGAAUAAAUCCAAAGUGGAUGGAAUACUAACGUAUGUAAUGAGCUGUGGUAAACUGCAGGGAUGGGAAGCAGCCGAUAAAGGCAAACUGAAGAAGGCGGCUGUCGACAAAUGUCGUAUGAGGGCAACAUCAAAAACUUUAUAA